GUUCAUUGAACAGACGAUGCUGCAGGAGCCGCAGCGCUCGCGGUUCCACUUCUUCAGCACCUUCUUCUCCACCUCGCUCUCCCGCGCGCAGGAGCGAUUCAGCGCUUGGCUCUUAUUCGUCAGCAAAGGGAAGAGGCAGCGAAGAAGAAAGAGGAGGAGCGCUUGGCAAAGGAGGCCAAAAAACUAGAAGCUCGCAAAAGAUGACAGCAUGCAAUAUUUGUCUCUUUUCUUGUAUCUUAGUUGUACCAAAUAACGCAAUGGUUGAUAGUGGCCGCCAUCCCCGCCAGCGUUGCCAGUGGAAACCGAGCCGGGUAGUCGCUCGUGCUGAGUCAGCACGAUCAGGGAGCGGGAAUGACGGAGGGAAUGGCGCGAAUGACGACGAGCCCAUCAAAGUGGAGGUCUCGCCGAACCUGACCGUCGCGCUCGGCGACGAGGUUCGGCGUUUGACAGCAGGUUCGGACGGAGGUUUGGAGGGAGCAGUCAAGGAGAAGGGCCUGAGUCUGAUCGAGCAGAACGAGCGUAGAAGGCAAGCUCGAAAAGCCGCUGCCGCCGCCGCCGCUGCUGCUGCUGCGGCUGCUGCUGCUGCUGGUGGUGAUGCCGCUGCUACAGCUGAUGUUCCUUCAACAAUCACGGCUGUAGCAGAUUCGCCAAGAAGUGAGGAAGCGCGGGCAACAGUAGCAGCAGCAGCAUCGCCAGCAGCGGCGGGUGAAACACGCGCUUUCAUUGCUGACGAGGCGGCGUACGUGUCCAUGGUGAAACGCGCCGCGGCUGCCACGUCAGCUUGGCGACAGGCGGUACCGUUCCCCCUGAGUGAUUUCUUUUUCGACCCGGACGGGGUUGGGGUUAAGAGGGGGAGGGAGGAAGAAGAACGGCUCAUUCAUGACAUCUAUUUCAAGGCUGAGAACGGCCGGCCUUUGGAACAGGUCGACACAGAAGGCAUCAAGGCAAAGGUGCUGACGUCAUCAAGGUUUGAGGUUGAGUCAGCAGUGAAUCCACGUCAGUGCCAGCAAGGAGUGGUCUUCUAUGGCCGCCUCUCUGCCCCUGCUCCUUCUGUGUACUCCACCAUUCAAGCUCGCCUCGACACCUCGUUCCCCGGCCUCUGCGCAGUGCUCGCUAGAGACGACAUCAUCCGUCCGGCAAUCAGCGUCCUUAUUGCCCCACGGCAACACCUCCUCUCCUUCUCCCUCCCCCGCCCCGUCUUCACCUUCAUUUCCUGCCUCACUCUCUCUCUCUCCCUCCUCAUCCUCUCCUCCUCUCUCUCUGUUGACCCUACUCUCUCUCCCACCACCUCUCCUCUCCUCACUGCUGCCUCUGUGCCACUUGGCGUGCUCCUAGUGGCUGCUGCUGGUGCUGGGGGGAGGGCUAUAGCAGCACAGCAACAUGGGGUAUUUCAAGCCCUAGAUACCCCUCUCCCUCUACCCUCCCCUGCCUUCGGGUUAUUCGGGGUUCUAUCCCCAUAUAAAGGGUUACUUCCAAACCGUACCGUUCUUCUCGAUCUGUCUCUCAGCAGUGCAAUCGCCUCUUUCUCUACAUCUGCUGCUCUCAUUCUCCUCGGCCUCCUCCAAUCCGAUACAGUCACACCUGAUGUAGUCACCUUUCCAGCUUCCAACUUCUCACACUCCCAUGUCCUCUCCUCCCUCGCAUCUGACCUAGCAUCGGCCGUACUCAUUACUAGCCCCGACUCCCUACAGUCUACAGUCUCCACAGGCGCUUCUACAGUAGAUCUCGCAAUAAACCCACUCAUUCUAGCCGGAUUACUUGGUAUCAACUUCUCCUCUCUCUCUUUGCUACCUGUGGGUAUUCUUGAUGGCGGUCGCAUAAUCACAGCACUGUUUGGAAGGAAGCAGCAGCACGCAGUGUCCAUGGGUGUGCUAGCAGCAGCAGCAGUUUCCCUUGUUCUCAGACCAGACGGCAGGGAGAAUGCAGCGACGUGGUUGGUGCUGGCGAUGGUUCUGCUGAAGCGAGAUGACUGGUUUCAACGGGAAGAGGUUUCGGAGCCUUCGGGAGUGCGGAAGCUGGUUGCAGCUGCGCUUGUAGCUGCUUCGAUAUUGAUAUUGUGGCCUUGA